GCUGUUGUUAACAUUCACUGGAGAGAUCCCAUUCCCCGACUAGCAGUUGCGAUGCCCUUUGAUUGUUGGGGUUGUGGGAACAAGAACGGCAGGAACGCAGCCGACGCUGUUGCCCCUCCGCGGCCGGUGAAUCUCGUCUCCCCCUCUUCCUCCUCCCAUUCAGUCCCAAGUCCACCACCAGUCACGCGUUCCCCCUCUCAGAUCACCGUCCCACCACAGAGGGCUUCAUCAACAUCCGAAAAGCACGACCUUUGGAAACGAGCAGAAGAACAAUUGGACGAAAAAAGCCGCAAACGGCUCCGGUUGAGCCGGGACAGUAACUCCCCCUCGCCCCCGAUUGAUCGAGUGCUGGCGGAGAUCAUCAAAGAGAUCACAGCCAAGUACGAAGACUACCAAAAAGGCAACCUGAGUAUCCGAAACCGCGGCGAUGGCGAUAGGAAGGCCGAUGUUCGAGGCUCCGCCAAAAAGGUCCUUGUCUGCGUGUUACAAGCCCAGGAUCUCGUUAAGGCCGUGGUCGGGUUCGAUCCCACCGGCUACGCCUCCAUCGCCUGGUCAGUCGUGGCCUUUGGGCUCACGCUGGUCAAAAACGACAUCGAUCGGCGGGACGCGAUUGUGGAUGCCUCGGAGUUCCUCGCCAAGGCUCUCGCAUACCAUAGUAUCAUCGAGCACAAUUACCGGAAGGGAACCAAUCCAAGCUCGGCGAGAUUGGACGAUGCUCUGGUCGAUGUUUAUGUUGCUCUUCUUCGGUACAUCGCAGAAGUCCAGAGUACGGGAGAUGAGAGCGCCGUUGCUCGAGUGGGAAAGAGUAUAACUGCUUUCAUUGGUCAACCGCUCGACCGGCUGAAGUCGGUGGUGGAGCAGAAAAGCGCUGUCGUGGAUCAAUGGAAGACGAUUGUAAGAGAUGAGGAUCAGAAUCGCCGUGCCGAGGUUAUUCUGGUGCGGAUCGACGAGAUGGCUAGGCAGGUGCACAGUAUCGAUCUUCGAACCAAUGAUCAAGAGGAACUCAGCAUUCUUGACUGGAUUUCCACGUUCUCUUACUCCAACAUUCAGAAUGAGACCAAGAAGAGUCGUUCGCCUGAGACGGGAGCCUGGUUGGUGCAGUCCAGCGACCGGUAUCAACGGUGGAAGACCACACCGGGACAACUUCUGUGGCUGCAUGGCCCUGUGGGUUGCGGCAAAUCAGUUCUGUGCUCCACCAUUAUCGCAGACAUUGACCUCCACUGCAAUCAAAACAUGCCCAACGUUCUCGCGUACUGGUACUUUAAGUUCAGUGACAAUGAAACACAAAGCAUGGAGAGUAUGGUCCGAUCUUUCAUACGGCAAUUGUGUCCCCGGCCUAUUCCCAACCCGAUCAGAAAGAUCUGGGAGGACCAUCGGAGGAAUCGAGAGCCGGACUUGGAAGUACUCUUGGCAAUUCUCCAUGAAAUCUUAGAUCUGCUGCCUGCAGACAUAUUUAUCAUCCUUGAUGCUCUCGACGAAUGCCCGGUUGAGACUCGAGAAAGGCGCCUCUUGCCUUUCAUGAAUGAUUGGAUAAGAGAUUUUUCGACCAAGGCCCAUCUGCUCCUCACUAGCAGACCGGAGCCUGACAUUCAUCAGGCUCUUAUGCAACACACCCUAUUUGGGCUCGAGGAUGCUUUGAGCGGAGAUGUCGAGAAGUUUGUGCAAGAGAGACUGGCCAAUGGCAAGUCAUGGGUGCGAUUUCGCUGGGUUGACCUGCAGAUAAAGCGCCUCGAAAGAUGUCACAUUCCCCAAGACAUCGACGAAGCGCUUACAACAAUUCCUGACACUCUUGAGGCGACGUACAAAGGAAUCCUCGAGCAGGAGAUUCUACCAAGGUACCACGAUGCAGUACGAUCCAUUUUCACUUGGCUCACUUUCUCCAUGAAGCCCCUAAGUCGGGAAGCCGUCGCAGAAGUAGCCGGUUUUCCGUCACCCGACAGCGUCAUCGAGAUAUGCACGACUCAGAUGGUUACUCUCAACACAGCAGAUGGGACUAUCAGACUUGCUCAUUUUUCCGUGAAAGAGUUUCUCCUUUCUGAGCAAGUUACUCACUGGUGCCAUUUAUCGGAGAUGCUUGGGCACCGCGCCAUACUGAGCCAGAUUCUGUCGCGCAUUCUCACAGAGAAAGAGGAACUGACAUACGAGAUUGCUAUGAGCAAACCACUGCUGCUCUACGGUUCCAAAAACUGGCCCGAUCAUUUCCGGCAACUGGAGAGCUUAACACCCGAUUCAAUACCAGAGAUAUAUCUAAUGCUUCUAGAACUUUUUACGGAACGCGUGGUCUAUCUGAACUGGCAUCGCUUGCGUGGUAUGGGAUAUUCUGACUUCAACAGUUUUAUGGUAUCCGAGUGGCCAAGACCAACGGCUAUGGCCAUUUCCAUGCAAUUUGAAACCUUGGUUGAACUGCUACUAGAGUUGAGAUUCGAUUCAAUGGGUUUCCCUCUGCAGUCGAGAGAAAGCUUGCUGGUAAAUGCAGCCAGAUCCAGUGUCAAUAUUCUAGUACUACUCUUGAAACGUGCCAUCACAGUGCCCUUUCCUGAGGCGAAGGAAAUUCUUCUAGAGCUUCGACCCCGCUCUGAGAAGGAUCGAGCAACAUUGAGCCUUGUCGUCGAUCUGCUCGGGAACAUGGGCGCGCUUUAUGGUUUUGAAGAAAGCGAGAUCAUUCACCCAGUCAUCCUAUUGAGCAUGACAAGGAAUCCCAAUUGCGCGGAUGUGCUAUUGGAUAUUUGUUUCGAUCGGCACGACCAAAAUACAAUCCCGGUAACGGCAGAGCUUCUUGAGGCCGCGUUUGGCAAUGUUGAUCUUAGGGUUAGCAUUCUGAAAGUCCUCCUUCGACGACGAAAAGCAGAGUUACAGUUUACACAGCAGAUCAUGCAUCUAGUGGCAGACAUAUCACCAUUCAAUUCCGAAUUGGCUAUCCUUGUGCUGAGAAAUCACAGCCAAAUCACUUGCCUGCUGCCCGAACAUGCUGAGACUUUUGCAGGAGGAGCCUCAAGUGAGGUCUUGAGACUGGCCCUUGAGGUGUAUGGAGAAAAUAUUAUGUCGCAACGUAAUGUUUUACUUGCGGCGUCUGUCAAUCCUGGUGCCCGAGACAUGAUCCGACUCCUCUUAUCUGGCAAGGAAUUGAACGCCACGUUACGCCAUGAAAUGAUUCUAGCAGCUGCCACCGAAAGAAAGAUGGAAGGCCUCAAGUUUCUGUGUUUUGUGUUGGACUUAUGGGGCCCACAAAUCGAAAUUGACCAGGAUAUCAUGAUUGCCGCUGUCAAUAAUUACUUUCGCGGGAUGGCCAUUCUCGAGGCAUUCUUGGCGAGACAGCAGGCAGGCUUCGCCGUCUCGGAAGCAAUACUGCUCGAAGCUGCCUAUAAAAGUACGCAGGAAGUUAUGCAAUUGCUGAUGAACAAUGGAGGCUCGGAGAUUCCGAUCCGUCAAGAACUUUUGCUUGCGGCCGCAAACAACAGAGACUACGGCCUGUCUGUGUUGCGAUUCCUAUUACUGUUUGUUGGCCCAGAUUAUGAAGUACCUUUGAAUCUUCUGGAGGCAGCCGCGGGGAACCCAGCCAAGUCUAAUGGAGAUGACUUUCGAGCUGUCAUAGAUAUGUUCAAAGAAGAUACAGUACCCGACAGCGUCUUUAUGGCAGCGUACGACAAGCCCAAUCAUAUGAGAGUGCUCUUAAACCGGAACGGCAACAACGUACCGGUUAGAGACUUGAUUAUCGCGAUGAGCAACCGCUGGACCUUAGGAACCCUAGCAACCUUUCAACUACUUCUCGAACAGCACGUCGUCGUGGUAGAUAAAUGGGUAAUCGAGCAGACAGCGGCCCGCAAUUAUCAAUGCCUGUGGGAUAUGCUCCGACAUGUUCCUCAGUUUCCGAUCAACGAACAAGUGAUCAUAGCCAUAAAAUAUGAAAGUGGUGUCCGCUUGAUCCUGCAUCAUGCUGAGGAAAAGGGCCUCUUGACCGAAGAAAUGAUCAAGAUUGCCCUAAGUUCAACGUUGCUGGAGACACCGUGGCUCAAGCACUUCCUAGCAGAGGGCAAUUUGAAGGCUUCCCUUACGGACAGUGUUCUGGCUCUCGCGGGGAAGCGGGAUCCAGAACUACAGCUGCUUCUAUCGCAGCCAUAA